GAGAGAGAGAGAGAGAGAGAGAGAGUUGUAUUGUUAUAUUACAGGAUUGGCUGUCAUGUAGUAUCGUAGUAAUAGUUGAUUUCGAAAAUAAGGUGCAACGUGCUGAAUGGCACGCCUUUCCGUCGUUUCAACUGUAUGAAGGUGGCUUUACUCAUCAGCUAGUGAUAAACUCGUCACUUUAAUGAUCACUUACUCAUCAAGUAAGUUAAUAACACAUGAUUUUAUCUCAGUAAAAGUUGUGUCUGUCCAUUCAUCUCAACUGUAACAUACUGCAUUCAUAUCUGCCUUCCAAUGGAAUCAUGAAAAGUUUUACCUUAUUUAUGAUACACAAUGAGCAUCUUUUGUUUGUAUUUUUCUUCUUUUUCCAAACGAUUAACCUGACUAUGCAUAUUUUUAGCCAUUGUUUUGACAUUGGUAGCUCUUAGGAGCACUUGCAGCCAGGAGGUCUGUGUAAGGAUUGGAACGUGAAUAUCCGCGACCCCGAGCGAGGCUAGCUGGCUUUCAUGUUACCGUUUAUACUUAGUAUUUUUAUUUCUGUAUUCAAAAUUAUUUAUCCUACAUAUCUUUGGUUUUACUCUUUACAUUUACUGCACUUGCCAUUCGUGGUGCUCAAGAGUCGGAUGUUAUAUUUCGUAUUACUUCAAGUGAAAAAAUAUCGAACUUGAAUUCACGAGGGUGUUACGGGUAAAACGUGUCCACUCUAGUUUAUACUUGUCUGUGGUUGAAGUCCGUUGCUCAGAAGUUUCUUGAUGGAAAAUGUUUGCGGAUGCCCUUAUUUCUCAUCAUAUUUAUAUAUCCCUUGGCUUGGAAUGUGUUCAAUUAUCAAGGGCUAAGGAGCAAGUCUGAAUGUGACAGCGGCAAAGCUGAGUAGCCGAGGCGGACACGUAGCCUGGGUACGCUGGCCUAACAACCUCGUUAAAGCGACCCCUCAUUGUACAGAGGUGCCUUAGUGUUGUAGAAGUGGGAGCUGAUAUAUGUAAUAUUUAAUAUGUCAAAGAACGCCAAAGGAAGCAACACAACUUGAGUUGCAAUAUAAUGAGAAUAAAAAAAGCUCCUCUAAGGGCAUCGGGAAUGGAGGGCACUACGAGUUAUAUUCCGAUGGGCAAAGCGCCUGUAGUAACGACAGUCACUGCCAAUAUCAAGACGGAAAAAAACACCGGUUAUCGAAAUUGCUCAGUCAAAACGCACCAAGGGCGAGCAGUCGGCGAGAGAAAGGAAGUUCUAGCGGCUCAGCGGGACGAGGAGACGCAGGCCGCCAAGGAGAAGCUGCGACAAUAUGAGAGGAUGGGUCAUAUCAAGGUGGAAAUGGACGAGAUCAACAAUGACUGUGAGGAUUCUCAGCCUGAUGAUGCAGCCCCCUUGGUCAUUCCAUUCUCUGCUGCCUCCAUGUCACAGGAGGGGGGCUGUUACGGGACAUCAGUGGGUGUUACUACUAGCCAGACUCAACUUAACCUACCCCAGAAUCCUACAGUGCAGUCAAGACCAAGCGGAAUGGUGGAUGUUCCAAUUCUCACCAAUUUGGAGGGCAAGUGUGGGUUUACAGUCUCCGUUGAUGAUAAGGAACGUUCCACCAAGAGUCCCAUGUGGCUGAUGAGCACCAUUGUCAACAAACUGUAUACAAACCUCAACAAGGCUGUACCAUUUGAGGUGAGGAUGAAUAACCCACCUACUGAUGAUGAGAAAAUGUACAUCCGAGCCAUCCUCGUGUUCUCUAGCCCUGAAUUCUUGAGAACAAAUGUAACUCGCUGUCCCAACCACGCAGCAACUACUGAAGCAACCAAUCAUGACUUUCCUUACCCAAACCAUGUGGUGAGGGCAGAUCACCCUGCUGCUCUUUACCAGGAGAGUCCCUCAGGCCGGCUCUCUGUCGUGGUGCCUCUGGACCUGCACCAGAACAGUCCAGAUUAUGCCCUUAUCUUGCUGCGCUUCAUGUGCCUUGGCUCCUGUGUUGGUGGUAUUAACAGACGACCCAUCUCUAUUGUGCUCACUUUAGAAAAUGGGCAAGCUGAAGUACUGGGACGCAAAGUGAUUGAUGUGCGUGUGUGUGCCUGCCCCACAAGAGACAUCAGAACAGAUGAGCAGGCAGUCUCCAAUAGGGGAGUGAAGCGCAAGGGUUCCUCCACACAGGCACAACAGAUCAUCAAGAAGAAACCCAAAAUGGUGGAGCCCAAACUUGAUCUUGAUGAGGGAUCACAGGAGGUGUUCAACAUUAAGGUGCAGGGCCGCCAGCUGUACACCUUUAUGCUGAACAUGAUGCGUGUGUACUACAGCACCCAUCCAGAAUAUGCCGUGCGGUAUCCUGACCCCACCUUUGCAAUGAACAGUUCAGUUAGACAAAAGAACACCACAAGUGUGAAAGAAAAGACAAGCAGGACAGACAUUGUUGAGGAAAACAACAGUAAUCCAGGGAGAUCUGCAGGAAGUUCUCCAGUUCAUGAUGGAAACUUGGUAAUAGACUCCCAAGACAGUCCUCCCCACACCUCAUCAAGUCAGCUACAGC